AUGGAUCAACUCUCAGAUGAAAUUCACGUGCAAGAUUCAGACCCUGUGGAAGGAGUUUCUAUAACAGCACAAGACACUGUCAUAAACGUUAAUCCUUUAUCGCCACCGACGCCGAAACAGCCCUCAUACACGUCUCAGUUCUCAUCUGAUAGCUCGGCCAUUUUGAGACGCCUCAAUGACAAUUCCCAAUUGCGAAACAAUCAGAGCUCCGGAGGUGUAACCACCGCAAAUUCGAAGGUCACUCUAUCAAUACCUACACCAACAAAGCAAGGUCAAUCGAUAACAGUAGGCUCAUUCAACAGCGGCGUGAAACGAAAGCGAGAUGAAUCAUCCGCCAAGGUAGACUUUACCAAAAGCACCAUUCCAUUCUCCUGGAAGGGCCCCUCGCCAUCUCAACAAUCAGGCAUUCAAAUUCAAUCCACAGAACAGGAAGAUCGUUGUUCCAAGUGCAACGGCCCAAGCCAAGCCAGUCCUUUAGUUACUUGCAUCAGUUGUCUCAAACAUUGGCAUCAGAAAUGCCACUCGCCUGUCAUCAGUGAUGAGACCACAAUUCCCUCGAACUUCACCUGUGUAUCGUGUACUGCAGGCAGGGAGCAAGCAACCAAAAUGAGAGGCAGGGUCAGUCAGCAUCGACAACAGGAAAUUGAUCGUCUUCGUCAAAAGCGGCUAUCGUCCCUCCCUGGAGGUGUCGUUCCCGCAAAGCCUUAUCUGGUAGGAUUCGGUGCUGGUCAGGCUCCACGCAAUUCACGAGCUGAGUAUUUUGAUACCAUGUCGAGGACAGAUAUGCUUAACAUUCUGUCGUUCUGUGAUCAACUGAAACCCAAUCUCCUGGCUGACAUUCUUGUUUCUGUCUCAAAACGACAUCCUGACCUACCAAUGUUUGACUCGCCCGAAUGGGAGAGUCAAUUAUCGAACACUUCUCGUCCUGUCAAGGCAUCAAAGCAUGAUGAGAAGCCUCGACACGGUCAUGUGCUUCUCAACAAAGCGGCUAAGCAUAAGCAAAAGACAACCAAGAAGAUUCUAAAACGCACUCGCGUCAUCGAGGUCAUUACAAGUGCUCCCGAAGAGGACAACGUGAAUGUCUUGCCACCCACUUGGGCAAAGGCUGGUGAGGGGCUGUACUCCAAACUACUGCCCGAGACAGAAGACAGAUCAAUUCUUAUGGACGACAAUGAUGAAGAGUCGUUCAGUCACUUUUUGGUAGACAGGGCUGGGCGUCAGAUUAUGGAACCUGUGGGCGCUUAA